GGGCAUGGGACAGGAGUGGCAACCCUGGGCUUGAGGCAAGGGCACCUGGUGGCUUUAUGUGUGCACUGAGAUGCAGGCUGGGGACAGCUAGAACAUAACAGGGAGUCUACCUUUGGCGUUCCUGGAAGACUGGGGUAGCUGAGACCACAGAAAUCAUGGAGGAAAACAGAAGGGAAAAAAAAGAACCAUCGUUCACUCAAACCAAGAGUUUUCCCAUCAAGCCACUGUCAGGGUUUGUGUAUUAAGGGAGCGGGGCAGGCUGGGAAAGUCUUCCCCAUAGGUAGAGGAUGAAGAAAGAGAAAGCCAGAGGAGGAAAAGGCAGAGGCCAUGAGGAGCUCCUUAAGGCAAAAGUUGCAUCCUCGGAAGACUGAGACGGCUGUAGUUGUUUGAAGAAUUAUUCUGUCAAUCUGGGGCCAUAGGAGAGAGAAUGGAGCCCAAGGAUGCCCUUAGACAAAGGCUAUCCGUCUAGACUGUAGACCACGAGCACUGUGGAGCCUUGUAGAUGUCUCUAUAAGCUGCCCUGCAGCUUCCUGGGGACAGAGACCAUGGCUCCAUGUGCUUCCCUCAGCAUCCUUGGGGACUCUGGAUAGACAGGGCAGCCACAUACAGAAGUGAACCACAAGGAUUGGGAAGUAGGAAUAGUGUAGAGGGGGCUUAAGAGGAAGCCGGAGCCGGAGAGGAAGUGAAGUGGACACAGAGGAAGCCGAGUCUGAAUGAGAAGUGGGUAACGCUGUGAGAAGUGUUCAAGUACAGCCAGCAACUGCACCUGCCAUCAGGCACUUUGCUGGCGUGGAGGGUGCGCAGUGGAGAGCAAGAUAAACGUGGGACUGUAAGUAGUGGAGACCAAGAGUCUCUGCACACUAGAAAUGGGGACAGACUGACAGAAGAGGCUGAAAGCAGCUGGAGGCAAGAAGGGAACAGAACCAGCGUUGACAGAACUUGCCUCCAGACCCACCAGGGACAAGAUGGUGUCCUGGGUGAUGUGGGAAGACCGAGCUGGAGACACCUAACCACCCUUGCUCUUCAAAUACCAGUGCAGAUCCACAGAUGAGCAUGGCUGCCACCGCUGCUGUCAGUCCCAGUGACUACCUGCAGCCUGCUGCCGCUGCUACCCAGGACUCCCAGCCGUCUCCCUUGGCCCUGCUUGCUGCAACAUGUAGCAAAAUUGGCCCACCAGCUGUUGAAGCUGCAGUGACGCCUCCUGCUCCGCCCCAGCCCACCCCACGGAAACUGGUCCCUAUCAAACCAGCCCCUCUCCCUCUCAGUCCCAGCAAGAAUAGCUUUGGCAUCUUGUCAUCUAAAGGAAAUAUACUUCAGAUUCAGGGCUCCCAGCUGAGUGCCUCCUAUCCCGGAGGGCAGCUGGUGUUUGCUAUCCAGAACCCCACCGUGAUCAACAAAGGGAGCAGAUCAAAUGCAAGUAUACAGUACCAAGCGGUCCCCCAGAUUCAAGGGAACAGUUCCCAGAGCAUCCAGGUGCAGCCCAACCUCGCCAACCAGAUCCAGAUCAUCCCAGGCACCAACCAAGCCAUCAUCGCCCCCUCAUCAUCUGGCCAUAAGCCUGUCCCCAUCAAGCCAGCUCCUGUCCAGAAGUCAAAUACGACUACCACUCCUGUGCAGAGUGGGGCCAAUGUGGUGAAGCUGACAGGUGGGGGUGGCAACGUGACACUUACUCUGCCGGUCAACAACCUGGUGAACACCAGUGAUGCUGGGGCCCCCGCUCAGCUCCUCACUGAGAGCCCCCCCACCCCACUGUCUAAGACUAACAAAAAAGCCAGGAAGAAGAGCCUUCCUGUCUCGCAGCCGUCAAUGGCUGUGGCUGAGCAGGUGGAGACGGUGCUGAUUGAGACCACAGCAGACAACAUCAUCCAGGCAGGAAACAACCUGCUGAUUGUCCAGAGCCCUGGUGGGGGCCAGCCAGCUGUGGUUCAGCAAGUCCAGGUGGUGCCCCCCAAGGCCGAGCAACAGCAGGUGGUGCAGAUACCCCAGCAGGCACUGCGGGUGGUGCAGGCUGCCUCUGCCACCCUCCCCACCGUUCCCCAGAAGCCCUCCCAGAACUUUCAGAUCCAGACAACUGAAUCAGCACCAACCCAGGUUUAUAUUCGUACACCUUCUGGUGAGGUACAGACAGUCCUCGUCCAGGACAGCCCCCCAGCAACAGCCGCAACCACCUCAACCACCACCUGUAACAGCCCUGCACCCCGAGCUCCCCAGCUGAGUGGUACCAGCAAAAAGCAUUCAGCUGCAAUCCUCCGGAAAGAGCGACCCCUGCCAAAGAUUGCACCUGCUGGGAGCAUCAUCAGCCUGAAUGCCGCACAGCUGGCCGCAGCUGCUCAGGCCAUGCAGACCAUCAACAUCAAUGGAGUCCAAGUGCAGGGUGUGCCUGUCACCAUCACGAACACUGGCGGGCAGCAGCAGCUCACAGUGCAGAAUGUUUCUGGAAACAAUCUGACCAUCAGUGGGCUAAGCCCCACCCAGAUCCAGCUGCAGAUGGAGCAGGCCCUCGCUGGAGAGGCCCAGCCCGGGGAGAAGAAGCGGCGUAUGGCCUGCACGUGCCCCAACUGCAAGGACGGGGAGAAGAGGUCUGGGGAGCAGGGCAAGAAGAAGCACGUGUGCCACAUCCCAGACUGUGGAAAAACUUUCCGGAAGACAUCCUUGCUUCGGGCCCACGUCCGCCUGCACACUGGGGAGCGACCCUUUGUCUGCAACUGGUUCUUCUGUGGAAAGAGGUUCACACGGAGCGAUGAGCUCCAACGACAUGCUCGAACCCACACAGGGGACAAGCGCUUUGAGUGCGCCCAGUGUCAGAAGCGCUUCAUGAGGAGUGACCAUCUCACCAAGCAUUACAAGACCCACCUAGUCACGAAGAACUUGUAAGGCCAACUGAGGCAGGAGGCCCUGAAGAUGGAAUCCCCCAUCUGAUUGGCCCGGGUCUAUGGUGGACAGGUGCCCACAACUGCCCUGGGCGGCCCUCACCCCACUCCUGUUCUGUGGCUGUGUCCCCACAGGGAGGGCCUCUCCUCCUGUGCUCUCCUUCCAAAGGCCCUUCUCAUCAUGAGCUCCUGGCCUGCUCAGGCUAUGGACACUGGCCAUGCCCAAUGAGACGUUCUAAACCAGGACGCGUGGGGACCCUUAUUUCCAAAGGAAAAACAUGCAUUUCACUCCGUCGAGGAGCAAAGUGAGCCCCCUAUCCUAACUCAUCCCUGCCCCAACACUGCCGGAGUCCCAUUGUGCCAUGCCCCCCAAUCCUGUGCCCCCUUGCCCCCUCAGUGAUCCCCUCUCCUGGCCGCUAGGGACACCCCAGGGCCCUGUACUCAGCCUCCCACUGGCGCCCACCUCUGCGGAGGCUGGGGAGGCCACCUCCACUCCACUGCCCAGCCCUGCCACGGCUCUCCUCCAGACAUUCCAACUUCUAUUUGAAAGGUCAGAUGCCGGCGGACUCUUCCCACUCCUGUUUCUAUGGAGAAUGUUGCCUUACACUUAGACUUCAGAUGAUGAACACUGUGUAUGUGUGUGCUUUAAAGACAUUUUAUUUAAUUGCUCCCUUCCUUUCUUCACUAGUCGCCUCCCCUCACCUGCGUUCAGUUUAGGGUUUGGGGGGCAAUGCUGAGCAUAGGAAUCUUUCUCACUAACAGUUCUUUUCUAAAUGACACAUUUCAACUCCGAUCUGGACUCCCAUGAGAAAGCACCUCCCAUUCUGACUCCCUCCACACCCUUCUAUCUCAUCGCCCUACCUGCCCAAGCUCUUGUGUACAGUGUAUAUUGUAUAAUAGACGAUUGUGUCUACGACAUGUUUUAAAAAAAACAUAUUGCUUGUUAUUUUUGAGGCUUUUAAAUUAAACAAAAAUCCAACUUUAUUUUUCGUUGUAACUGCUUGAGGAUGUUUUAUUAAUUAAGUGACAGAUUUGUUAUCCUUUAUUAACAAUGUAUUUUGUUGGUCAGUGAUGGGCUGACAAAAAUUUUCUUGCUAAUAAAUUUAGUUGCCUGAGGCAAAGUCUA